AUGCGAUCGGGAUGUUCCCGUCCUAGUACCUCCGUCAAUAGAUCAGAUCGAGGUCAAGCUCCAAAACUCCUUGAGAUAAUUGAAUAUCGUUUUGGAUCAAUAAAUGCAAACAAUACAAUUGAAGCCACCGACUGCAAGUUGAAGCUACCAUAUGGCACAGUACGCCCAUCAUCAGCCAAAGGAACUGGCUUCCAUUCCGGAGAUGGGGUAAUUCAUUUGAUUCCUCUAGAAGUCGGAGGUCACUUGAUGGUAUCGAAGGAUAUUAUCUAUAGAGAUCAUCAAUCUUUCCUUCUUCUAGUCUCCCCAACUGAAGGUGUAUAUAAUCUGGGUACAAAACAAAAAGUUACACCAAACGGUGCAGAAAACCAUGAUGCCAAAGAAACCCUAGGGUAG